AUGUCAGAACAACAUGGAAAGACGGACUUUAUGGCCGACUUCAUCGGCAGCCACUCCAUCUCAGAAGACGACCGGCGGUACUUUGCAUCUAUUGAAUGGACGAAUAAAUACCUGGCCGAUCCUCUCUACAAGGCCAUCCCUACGUUUUCGCGCACUCUAAAAGACACGGGUGAAGAUUACUUCUUUGCUCGUACCAUCAACUCGCCUGACACUAUUCCUCACCUCCUCUCUCUGCAGUUGAAGGACUAUCCCAACCCUCCAGAAAGCCCCAAGGGACAAUUAAAAUUGAGAACAAACCACAGCGAGCCCACCGAAGUACCUCAGCACCCCGAAUGCGUCGUUCUGUUGUCGAUCGGUCGCCCGGGGCUCGAUGGCCAUCCGGAAGUCAUACACGGCGGCAUGGCCUGCGCCAUUCUUGACGAGAUGAUGGGACUUUGUGCGAUGCUACACCAACAACACCUUCCAGGGCCACGAGGUGCGCUUUUCACCGUCGGUCUGAAUAUAACCUACCGUGCGCCUGUACCCACGCCGGGAGACGUGCUCGUAAGGAGCUGGCUCGUAGGAAAAGAAGGUCGCAAGUGGCUAUCGAGGGGUCAAAUAGUAGACAAAAAUGGCAAGGUUUUGACCGAGGCCGAGGGCAUGUGGGUGCUCACAAAGAGACAAGAGAAGUUAUAA